AGAGCUACAGCUUUCCAAUCUUCAUUUACAUUUUUCAAGCGGUGUGUAAUUUAGAGAAAAAGUUCGCUACGGCUAGUUUUAUAGAGUCUAGUAAAGUAUAUUUCAAUAGUUUGUUGUCUUGUGUGGCCAUGUUAUCUUUCCUCGGGCGAUUUCCUUUCAUCCUUAUAUGAAUUUUUGAAUAAGACCUUGAGUGCGCUGAAGAUAAUAAGGAAAAUGUUUUUUAAUACGUAAAAACAUAAUUCAGGGUUAGCUCGUAUUACCCGGAGUUAGACAUUUGCAAACCAGAAAAAAGUGACAGCAAAGUGACAUAUGUCGACAGUGACACUUAACCUAACAAUACUCAGAUCCUCAGAUGACAUUCGUGAACGUGAAUGGUGUGGUGCUGGCAAUUUAAAAAUACUUCUCUUAUUUCUACACAUUUUUUAACUUAAAAGGACUGAGUUUACAAUGAAGUUAACUUGCAAUAAGAAUAACCCACCCUUAGGGGGGUUAUUAGUAGCUGAACACUUGAAGACUUCUCUGAAGAUCCCGGUUGAAGUCACUUGGGGCGAAGAAACCGUUGUAGGAAAUAUCAAUUGCCGCACUAGUAAUGACUUGGCUAGAGCUCUGGCAAAGCUGCACUGCCCCAAUCUUUAUGGAACAACAGCUGUUGAAACCACAGAAGUAGAUCACUGGCUCACUUUUGCCUUAGGGCCUUUGAAUACAAGGAAUGAAUUUGCAAAAUCUGUUGAAUUGUUGAAUAAAGCUCUGGCUCCUGUCACAUAUCUUGUUGGAAAGUCUCUAACUAUAGCAGAUUUUAUAGUAUUUGCCGCAUUGAAUGUGAACCAACAAUGGGAAACACUUAUCUCAAAUAAAUCAGCUCAAAAGAAUGUGCUUAGAUGGUAUUCCUUCAUAAAAUCUCAAGAAUCAGUAAAAAAUGUUUUAAACUCAUUGACUCCUGAAGUCAAAGCAGCAUUGGCGCCUCCAGAUAGAACUAGAGGUAGAAGAUCUGCAGACAGAUCAAUGGAGUCAAGAGCUAAACCAGCUGCUAAAGUAGGAAGUAGGCAACAGGAAGGAAAGUUUAUUGACUUGCCAGGAGCUGAGAUGGGGAAGGUGGUUGUUAGAUUCCCCCCUGAAGCAUCUGGAUACUUGCACAUUGGUCAUGCAAAAGCUGCCCUCCUCAAUCAGUAUUACCAAGAAGCCUUCCAAGGCAAGCUGAUAAUGAGAUUCGAUGAUACAAAUCCAGCCAAGGAAAACGUUCAUUUUGAACAAGUGAUCUUAGAAGAUGUGGCCAUGUUGGAAAUCAAACCGGACAUGUUUACACACACCUCGCAGUACUUCGAUUUGAUGCUGAAGUAUUGUGAAAAAAUGCUUAAGGAGGGAAAAGCUUAUGCUGAUGACACAGAAGCAGAGUUGAUGAAAACACAGCGAGAGCAGAAGGUUGAGUCUGCAAAUCGAAGCAAUACUGUGGAAAAGAAUUUGGCAAUGUGGGAAGAAAUGAGAAGGGGCAGUGAAAAGGGUCAGCAAUGUUGUAUCAGAGCAAAGAUAGACAUGCAGUCUCCAAACGGAUGCUUGAGGGAUCCAACAAUAUACAGAUGUAAAAAUGAACCACAUCCAAGAACAGGAGAUAAAUACAAAGUUUAUCCCACCUAUGACUUCGCCUGUCCAAUAGUCGAUUCGAUAGAAGGCGUGACGCAUACUUUGAGAACAAUGGAAUAUCAUGAUAGGGAUCCACAAUUUUAUUGGUUCAUUGAUGCUCUAGGACUAAGGAAGCCUUACAUAUGGGAGUACAGUAGAUUAUCAAUGACAAAUACAGUGCUAAGUAAGAGAAAACUGACGUGGUUUGUAAAUGAAGGCCUUGUAGAUGGAUGGGAUGAUCCUAGAAUGCCAACUGUCAGGGGUGUACUGAGAAGAGGAAUGACCGUUCAGGGCCUAAAAGAAUUUAUAAUUGCCCAAGGCUCGAGCAGAUCAGUGGUAUUCAUGGAAUGGGAUAAGAUUUGGGCCUUUAAUAAAAAGGUUAUUGAUCCCAUUGCACCCAGGUACACAUCCUUGGAUUGCAAAGAUCCAGUCCCAGUUUUUGUAGAGGGCGUGAAAGAAGAGUGUACUUCCGUGCCAAAACACCCUAAAAACGCCGAGGUCGGCAACAAAGAAGUGUGGGUGGGACCUAAGAUUCUCAUAGAUAGGGUGGAUGCUGACUGCUUGAAAGAAGCUGAGAAUGCUACGUUUAUCAACUGGGGAAACUUACGCAUAAAGAAAAUUCACAGGCAAAAUGGUCAAAUCACGAAGGUGGAAGCUCAGCCUAAUCUGGAAGAUAAAGAUUAUAAAAAAACUCUGAAACUUACGUGGUUGGCAGAGACGGCUAAGGCCGAAUUCACACCUACCUGGUGUGUAUACUUUGAUCACCUUAUUAGCAAAGCUCUUUUAGGAAAGGAUGAAGAUUUCAAGCAGUUCGUGAAUCAUGAAACCAGGAAAGAAGUACAAAUGUUAGGCGAUCCAGAACUAAAAAAACUAGAAAAGGGAGACAUCAUUCAACUACAAAGACGCGGAUUUUUCAGAGUUGAUGUGGCUUACAAACCACCAAGUGAAAUUACAUGUAAAGCACAACCUGUCAUCCUAUUUUAUAUUCCCGACGGCCAUACCAAAGAAAACCCCUUAACUAUCGUGAAUACAACUACAACUAAGACAGCUGAAACUAAUAAGAAGGUUGAAGCCAAACCACAAGGAGAGACAGAAGAAAGUCUGUUAGCAAAGAUUGCGGCUCAAGGAGAGAAAGUACGAGACUUGAAAGCAAAGAAAGCCGAUAAAGCUACUAUAGACGUUGAAGUUAAAAUGCUCCUAUCUCUGAAAGCUGAAUUUAAGACUCUAACUGGGAAGGAGUGGAAACCAGGUGCAGCUCCAAGUGCUCCUCCUACUCAAAGUGCUCCAGGUGGGAAUGAAAAUGAGCUUCUUGCCAAAAUCGCCGCUCAGGGAGAUAAAGUCAGAGAUCUCAAGGCGAAAAAAGCUGAUAAAUCUGCUGUAGAUGCUGAAGUUAAGGCAUUACUCACAUUAAAAGCAGAUUUCAAGGCUCUGACCGGCAAAGAAUGGAAGCCUGGCAUGGCUCCAAGUGUUCCUCCAGCUCAAAAUGCUUCAAGUGGAAACGAAAAUGAACUUCUUGGGAAAAUCGCCGCUCAAGGUGAUAAAGUGAGGGACCUGAAGGUGAAGAAAGCUGAUAAAGCAACCAUAGAUACUGAAGUAAAAACGUUACUUGCUUUGAAAGCAGAUUUCAAGGCACUGACUGGGAAAGAGUGGAAACCUGGAAUGACUCCUGCUUCCACUGCUGAUCCUGUUUCAACUUCUGGAGAGAAUGAAAAUGAUCUUCUCCAGAAAAUUGCAGAGCAUGGUGAAAAAGUACGAGAUCUGAAGACCAAAAAGGCUGAUAAAUCAGCGAUAGACCAAGAAGUAAAGACCCUGUUACAACUGAAAGCAGACUUCAAGAACCUAACUGGCAAAGAGUGGAAGCCUGGCAUGAAGCCAGAAACGGCAUCUCAACAAACUGCCCCAAAGAUUGAGGUGUCUCCUCCUCCCGCAGAUACCUCAAUGGGGGCUGGAGAUGGAGUUAAGGAUGCUCUAACGGCCAAGAUCACUGAACAAGGAAACUUGGUUAGGGAUUUGAAGGCCAAGAAAGCUAGCAAGGAUCAGAUUGAUGCAGCUGUGAAACUUUUGUUGGACCUAAAAGCUGAAUACAAAACGGUUACGGGAGAGGAUUUCCCUGCUGGAGGUAGAACACCACAAAAACCUAAGGAAAAGAAACCUGCUGCCACUCCUAAAGAGAAACUGAAACCUUCUGUCAAGGAAAAGAAAGCAGUUGAUAGUGUGCAAUCUGAAGAAGGUGGUCCGAAGAAGCAAACUCGUCUCGGUUUGGAAGCAAAGAAAGAAGAAAACCUAGCCGAUUGGUAUUCACAAGUGAUCACGAAAGGAGAGAUGAUUGAAUAUUAUGACGUUUCGGGCUGCUACAUCCUCAGACCGUGGUCGUUCGCGAUUUGGGAAGUCAUCAAAGACUGGUUCGAUGGCGAGAUAAAAAAAUUGGGAGUGAAAAUUGUUAUUUCCCCAUUUUUGUAUCUAGGAGCGUGCUAGAGAAGGAGAAGACGCAUAUUGCUGAUUUUGCGCCAGAAGUGGCGUGGGUAACAAAAUCUGGCGACUCUGAUAUGGCAGAGCCAAUCGCCGUAAGGCCCACAUCAGAAACUGUCAUGUAUCCAGCUUAUGCCAAAUGGAUUCAGUCUUACCGCGACCUUCCUAUCAAGCUCAACCAGUGGAAUAACGUUGUGAGAUGGGAGUUUAAGCAUCCACAGCCGUUUUUGAGAACUAGAGAGUUCUUGUGGCAAGAGGGACACACUGCUUAUGCCCUUAAGGAAGAAGCUGAGGUCGAAGUAAAACAAAUUCUUGAUCUGUACGCGGGUAUCUACACAGACCUUUUGGCGAUACCAGUGGUUAAAGGACGUAAAACUGAAAAGGAAAAAUUCGCUGGUGGUGACUACACCCUGACAGUGGAAGCAUUUGUGUCUUCAAGCGGUAGAGCCAUUCAAGGUGCUACUUCCCAUCAUCUAGGUCAAAACUUCUCCAAGAUGUUCGAAAUAAUCUAUGAAGACCCCGAGACCCAGGAGAAGAAGUACGUGUAUCAGAACUCUUGGGGAUGUACUACCAGAACCAUUGGUGUAAUGAUAAUGAUCCAUGCAGACAACCAAGGGCUAGUACUACCUCCUCGAGUUGCCUCUAUCCAAACUGUAAUAGUGCCAUGCGGUAUCACUGUUGGUUUGCCAGAAGAGGCUAAAAAUAAGUUGCAGGCUUCUUGCAGUGCACUAGAAAAUGAGUUGAAGGGAAUUGGAAUUAGAGUAGAAGGGGAUUAUCGAAUGAACUACUCGCCUGGAUGGAAGUUCAACCAUUGGGAGUUGAAGGGUGUGCCAGUGAGGAUAGAGGUAGGACCGAAAGAUAUAGAAAAGAACCAAAUCGUUGCUGUCAGAAGGGAUACUGGCGAAAAGAUCACAUUGCCUCGUAAUGGGGCAGCCCAAAAACUGAAGGAACUAUUGGAAACCAUACAUAAAAAUAUGUUGGCAAAAGCAACACAAGAUUUGGAGUCUCACAAAAUCCUUUUGAAAAACUGGUCCGAUUUCACGUCGAACCUUGACAAGAAAAACAUCAUUUUGGCGCCUUUCUGUGGAGAAGAGAGCUGUGAAGAUAAGAUCAAAGCUGAUAGUGCCAGAGAUAAUACUGACGUAGUGGAGCCAGGAGCGCCAUCUAUGGGAGCAAAAUCGUUAUGCAUACCAUUGGAUCAACCUGCACCCAUCACUAGCAGUGAUAAGUGUAUACAUCCUGAUUGUAAAAGGAAACCUAAGUUCUAUACUUUGUUUGGAAGAAGUUAUUAACAUUUGUUUAUUUGCUUUUGUAUUGUAUUUAUCAUUAAAACUUUAAUAUGCGUU